CAUAGUAGAAUAGACGGCAAAUGAAACCCAGUAGCUUUUAUCAAACUGUCAUCAUUUCAUGUAUCGUUCACAAAUUAACCUAUAAAUUAUCGAUAUACCUCCACGUGGUCUUCAUCACGCCAAAGCCCCUUUAGUGUGAUUCUCUUUGCACAAUGGCACAAGAUGCACAAAUUUGUAAAUUAAUAUAGGUUCCUCAUUCGUCAUUAAUUCCAAUCAAUAAAUACAAUACAAAACCGACAUCUAAUACACACUCCCUAACCACAACAUUAGGUGAACUUGCACAAACCAACAAAAUCUAUUAAGUGUUUUAAUUUAACAUUAGCCAGCAGCUCCUUGAGAAAAAAGAAAAACAUCUUUCACAAACAUGCUAGCUCACAUCAGUUAUGCCAUAGUCCAAAUUAACAGAUUUAUAGUUCCUAUGAUGACAGAACGGUCUGGGGUGUACAGAAAAAGCCCGAUCGAAGUAAAAUAUACUGUAGCCAACAUUACUUUUGGUUGGCACUGUCAUUAACCCAGUAUCAACAUCAUAAAAGUUGUCUUUAUUACUUCCCCACCCUCAUCUGGCGAACUAAGGUAACCAAAACGUAAGAAAUACAUCUCAGUUCGGUACUACAGCACUGCAAGCUACAAGAGGCUCUGCUUGAACUAAAAUGACGUGAGCUAGCGCGACUAACUACGACAAAACAUGUUGGCUAUUUAGCAUACAUGUCACAAAGUAUGUAUGUAGCAUUAUUGGAUGGCGUAAAAGACGUAUUUGUUUUUAGACUUUUGUAGGGCUUACAGAAGAAAUUCACAAAAAGGUAACAACCACUGAAACAAGCUAUUGACAAACCGGCUCGUCGCGUCGGAUGACGCUGUCGAUUAGUGAUGGCGUCAGAGUUGUUGGCGCUUUGUGUUGUCUCAUAUUUCAAACGCCACACUCUCUAACAUGACUACAGGGGUGACGCGUUUAAACGAGUGGAAGCUGUCAAAAUGAGACAUUUUAAUGGAAGUUUGUCUUUAUAAGUGACGUAUGCAUUUACGAAGACGGAACCAACCAGUUGCUACAUUUUCCGCAGUAAAUGUGUUUUUUUUAAGGCACCAUGUUUGAACCCCUCGAGACUCUCCUCAAAUAUGAGAACCCAGUUUUAAUCAGCAAAACCACAGAUAAAAAACCUUCAAAGGGGGGCCGUCCUUUUAAAGUGAGCUCUCACCCGCAUGCUGACUCCCCUGUGCCGCCCCCUCCUAAAGCCAAAUCAUCUGCAGCUGAAAGCAGCAGGCAGCAAAAUGAGGACAUACUCAACCUCAUCUUUCCGCCCAGGGAAUGGAUGGAGGGAAACCAACUGUGGGUGCAGCAAGUGUCCAGUGCACCGUGCACUCGAGCGGACGUGGUGAACCUUGAGGAACUAUUAGACAGGAAGCUGCAGCAACGGCGUGCAAUAGAGACUGGAAUAUGCCCUGUGCGAAGAGAGCUUUAUACCCAAUGCUUUGAGAGGGGCCACUUGCUGUUGCGGGUCAGAGACGAGAUCCAAAUGACCAUCGCCGCAUACCAGACAUUCUACGAGAGCAGUGUUGUUUUUGGUAUGAGGAAAGCUUUGCAGGCUGAACAGGACAAAGUGGACAUGGAGAAAAGAAUUGCCGAGUUGGAGAAGGAGAAACAGGAGCUGGAGAAAGAGUUGCGUGACGAAAAGGCUAAAUGCGAUGCCAUUGAAAAGACAGAAGAAGAAAAACAUGAAGUGCAAGAAAAGAAAUACACUGAGCAGAUUCAGUUCUUGAAGAGAACCAACCAGCAGCUCAAGGCCCAGUUGGAGGGGAUUGUGACGCCAAAGUAACUUCCCUUAUCAGGAUGGAGUAGCUAUUUCACUAUAGAAUGUCAAAUGUAUUUUUUAAUGAAUGGAUAUGGG